GCUCGGCGGGCCACCAGCGGUCGCCAUGACGGCGCGUGGGACUGCCAGCCGCUUCCUCACGAGCGUUCUCCACAACGGCCUGGGUCGUUACGUGCAGCAGCUGCAGCGUCUCAGCUUCCGUCUCAGCCGCGACGGGCCCUCGUCCCGCGGAGCCAGGGAGUUCGUGGAACGGGAGGUGACCGACUUCGCCCGGCGGAACCCAGGGGUCGUGAUUUACGUGACCCCGCGGCCGUGCUGCGUGCCCACAGUGGUGGCGGAAUACCUGAACGGGGCCGUGCGCGAGGAGAGCGUCCACUGCAAGUCCGCCCCGGAGAUCGCCGCGCUGGUGCAGAAACUGGCCAACCAGUCGGGCCUCGAAGUGAUCCGCAUCCGCAAGCCCUUCCACACGGACAACCCGAGUGUGCAGGGCCAGUGGCACCCCUUCACCAACAAACCGACCGCGCCCGGCCGGCUGCGCCCCCGCGAGGCCGCGCCAGCCCAGGGGUCAGCGCAGUGACAGCGGCCCCUCGCGCGCGGGCUCUUCCGGCACGCAGAGGCGACCCUCCCGCCCUCUUGGUUUAAGGGAUGCUGUGCCCAAGUCGCCAAACGGAACCCUGUACGCAGAAGGAGACGCCAAAGCUUCCUGCCUGGGGCCUGGGAUACAGUUGGUGGCUUCUUUCCAGGGCAGUGACGGAAACCCCGUCCACCUGGCAUCUGUGAAGUUUCCAGGAAUUUUAAAAGGCUCACGUUUACCGAGAUCCAAACCGAUAAUGGUGGUGUCAUCUCAAAAUAUGGUCAGGGGCUCAAGCUUGGAUUUUGAAGAACCUCGUUAUUUUGCUGCAACCAUUGAGCCCCCGAGAGCUAGCACCUUAUUCUCAGCUGUGAACCUGGCAUGGAGCUAGGCGCUUUAUACAUGUGAAUGUGAGAAAAUGGAGGUUAAUAAAUUUGCCAGCAUCUCA